AUGCACCCGUCGCUUGAAGGAAAAGCAAGCGAGAUUCUGGCGCCCUCCCUCCCCGCCACGUGCUUCAGGCAACAGCGCGUGACGUCAGAGGCCCGCGAGCGUACAAAUGUUGCAACGUUCCAUCCGCUGGGCGGCGAUUCAUUCACAAAAGUGAGUCUGCCGCCCCGAGCCGGGAAAGCGAGGCUGCGGCGGCCCCUGGCGGGGUUCCGCUUCCCCGAUGCUGGGAGGAGGAGGAGGAGAAGCGGCCGCGGGAGGGGCUUCCCGGAGCCCAGCCCGCCUCUGUCCCCGCCCAGCCUCCUCCUCCGCCGCCUCCGCGUUGUGUAAGCGGGGCCUGGCGCGCCAGCGGAGGAAGCCCACGCGGAGAGCUCGGCGCCCGGUGAGUGCCGGCGAGGGGGGCCGCUCGCAGCCCCUGACCGUGCCCCCUUCCAGGGCGGGUCUUGCCGCCGCAGGCCCCCCCCCCCCCGUUCCGUGGCUGCACAGCAUAACGUGUCCUGUUGUGACUGUACUUUGCAGGGCCGUUGUGCGAAUGAAGGGGGCAAGGAAGGCAUGUUCUGUUACACCCCCCCCCCAAAAAAGUGUGGCCAGGAUAAUAAGGGGCUUAGCAUUCUCCCCUUUCUCCCCCAGCCUCAAAUCCAGGGAACUCCCCCCACCCCCGUCAAAUCUUACAGGCCAUAAUAAUAAUAAUAAAUUGAGGGAAAAUAACAGAGCAAAGGAGGAAUUGAAGCAUAGCUGUCAACUUUCAGAUCUGAAAAUAAGGGAUCAGCAGCCUUGAAAAUAAGGGACCAGCAGCCUCACCUGUCCCGGGGACAGUCUACGGGAUAUCUAACAAUCCGGGAUAGCAGCGGGAAGCAGCUGGAAAAAGGGAAUUUCCCACAAAAAAAGGGAAGGUUGACAACUAUGAAUUGAAGGGGAAAGAGGCAGGGAUCAGGAGAGAGAAAAAGACAGGAGGAAAACGGAGGCGCCUUGCAAAGGAUGGGAUGAUACAAAGGUUAUCCAUCCAUUGUUUCUUCUCCUUUUUCAGAAGCAGUUCCUUAGUCUGGUCCAUGGGCCGGACUGCACAAAUCAUUCGGGUUGCCCUGUUCUCUCUCCCUCUAAUUCACUGCACAGACUUGGACUAUCUCUGCUCUGGAACGAGCCUGAGCACAGCAGUCCCGUGAAGUGGCUGAGUGCCGUGUUUUUGCACUCUGCUCUAGAGCAACCUUCACCAAACUGGUGCUCUAAGGUUUGAACGCAGAAGCUGCCUUAAGUGCUGAGUUCAACUAGUGGCCCAGUAUUGCCCACUACCUGUGCUUCUCUCUCUCUUUUUUAAGCCAGGAUUCUGUGUGCAAAACAUACAUGACCACAUAGCUAGCUACCAGCCACCAAAGAGCUUAGACAGGGCUGGAUUUAGGGUUAUGUGGUUCUCAAACACAGGAUGCCAAGCUGAAAGGACACUAAACAAUAACAUUUCUGUUUUUUGUAAUAAUGCGAAGUUUCAGUGCGCCUGUUAAGAAGAUCUAUUAAAAGCAACUGUACCAAAAAGAAUGAUUGUGAAAAUAAGGAAUAUUGAGGAAGGGGGGUGCCAAAUCUUCUCCCCACUCAAGGCACCAUCUUUCCAAAGUUCACUUCGGCUUGUAGAACUUCUGGCCUUCCAGAACUACAACUCCCAUGAUCCCUACCCUUUGGCCAUGCUGGCAGGGGCUGAUGGGAGUUGUAGGCAGAAGCUGGGAGGCCGCAUGCUGGACGAAACCAGCUGAUUCUUGCCUCCAGGAGGAAAAGGCCAGUAGCCUUGGAUGCUAAAUGGAGACCCCCCAUGCCCAGAGACAGUGUACCUCUGUAUAGCAGAUAUUGGGGGCAAACCACAGGGGAGGGCUGUUGACUUCACAUCCUGAUUCCCCAAAGGUAUCUAAUCGUUCACUGCAGGGGGGGAGAGUAAGUGGGAUUAGAGCUGCCUGGUACCCUCCAGAUGUUCUGGAGUUGUUGUCUAGAAUACCGUAUUUUUCUCUCUAUAGGACGCACUUUUUCCCCUCCAAAAAUUAAGGGGAAAUGUGUGUCCAUCCUAUGGAGCGAAUGCAGGCUCCUUGGCUUCAGCGAUAGCAACGCGAAGCCUCGAAAGCGCAGAGGGAGCGCUCCCUCCACGCUCCGGAGGCUUCACGUUGCUUUCGCUGAAGCCGGGACAGCAAGACUCUCCCGGCUUCAGCAGAGAGGGAGAGCUGCGCAGCGCCCCUUCAAGCAAGCGGGAGGAGAAAUGAAAGGGGCUCCAUUUCUCCUGCCGCUUCGCUGAAGGGGCGCUGAGCAGAGAGGGGGAGAAUUUUUUUCUCUCCCCCUCUAAAACAAGGUGCGUCCUAUGGUCAGGUGCGUCCUAUGGAGCGAAAAAUACCUGAAGGGCCAGGUAUUUAUUUAUUUUAUUGCUGCAUUUGUGUCCCACAUUUUCUCCCUAGGAGCUGCAGGUGCUCCACGGGGUUCUGAGUUUUCUUUUUCAAAUCUCUCUGAGGUGGGUCAGGCUGAGAGGAAACGAUCUUCGUGGCCGAGUGGGGAUUUGAACCCUGGUCUCUCCCAGGUCGUAGUCGGCACUCUAACCGCCACACCAACAUGGGCUCUAGUCGGAGACGGCUGGAAUGGAGGCCCCCAUAGCCUGAUCCACCAAUGAUGUUCUUAUGUGCUUGCUUGCAGGCUGCUUCUUCCUUCCAAUCUGCUCCCCGGAAGGGUCAUCGCUUGCGUCUCUCACCAUUCCGGCCCUGCCUGGGUCUCGUGGUUGGUGCGCAACCUCUCUGCGGUCCCCGGGGCAAGGCCAGCCAUGUCCCAGAAGAGGAGAAAGCGGAAGCCAGCCGAGUCUAUGCAGGAAGGGGCAGAAGAGGGAGCGUUAUUCCCUGAUGGGUUGGAGAGCAACGGGAGGUUGGCAUCCGGGGCACCGCCUGCCGCUAAGAAGGCGGCUGGGGAAGGGGAUGUGGGAAGCAGAGGCUCUGCCGCCCUGGCUGAGGCCGUCAAGCAAGCCCGCCUAGACGCGGCGCCCUCCGUCGCAGAGUUCAAGUACAACAAGAAGCGCGUCCGUCUCAUCUCGCAAGAUCCCGAUCUCAAGGAAGAUGCUCGGGGCAUCCUCUACUGGAUGUCGCGAGAUCAGAGAGUGCAAGGUGAGAGCUUGGGAUCUGCAAUCUGCCCUGGCUUAUUUUUGGGUGGGUGGGUCUCCGAAGGCCUUCUGGCGGUUCCCUCCCUGCAAGAAGCAAAGUUACAGUGAACCAGGCAGAGGGCCUUCUUGGUGGUGGCGCCUGCCCUGUGAAACGCCCUCCCAUCAGAUGUCAAGGAAAUAAACAACUAUCUGACUUUUAGAAGGCAUCCGAAGGCAGCCCUGUUUAGGGAAGUUUUUAAUGUUUGAUGCUUUAGUGUAUUUUUAAUAUUUUGUUGGAAGCCACCCAGAGUGGCUGGGGAAACCCGGCCAGAAGGGCGGGGUACAAAUAACAAAUUAUGAUGAUGAUGAUGAUGAUGAUGAUGAUGAUGCAGAGCCUAGAACUUGCCGAUCAGAAAGUCGGUGGUUCGAAUCCCCACAACGGGGUGAGCUCCCGUUGCUCGGUCCCUGCUCCUGCCAACCUAGCAGUUCGAAAGCGCGUCAAAGUGCAAGUAGAUAAAUAGGUACCGCUCCAGCGGGAAGGUAAACAGCGUUUCCGUGCGCUGCUCUGGUUUGCCAGAAGCGGCUUAGUCCUGCUGGCCACAUGACCCGGAAGCUGUACGCCGGCUCCCUCGGCCAAUAAAGCGAGAUGAGCGCCACAACUAGUCAGUCACUACUGGAUCUAAUGGUCAGGGGUCCCUUUACCUUUACCCCAGCCCGAGCCCCAGCCUCCUCUUCCCCUCUGUGUAUUUGGUGGGAUGGAGUGGCUGGGGGUGAUGGCUGGCAAAACACUGGGGAAAAGCAUCCUUGCCAUGUAUAAAGCAAUUGCAUUGUGGCAAAUUCAGAAGUGCCGCCUCCCUUCCUGAUACAGCCACGCCCCUUCUAAGAUUAUACAACCUUCCCAAGUUACACAAUAAUUUUAUACUUAUGCAAUCAUACAGUAUUAACAACUAUAGGGGUGCAUUGCAAUAAUUAAUGCAGGUCUUUCUGUGUUGACUUUCGGCUAGAUCUAAUAUUUUUUGUGCAAACAGGGUCUUUUUUGGUAGAGUUUAUUUAUUUAUUUAUUUAUUUCAUUUUAUAAUGUGUAUGAAUCACAACAGAACAACAGACUCUCCUUCCUUGGAGGUUUUUCAGCAGAGUUUGGAUGGCCAUCUGUCAUGGAUGCUUUAGCUGAGAUUCCUGAUUUGCCAGGGGUUGGACUAGAUGACUCUAGGGGUCCCUUCCAACUCUGCAAUUCUAUGAUUCUAACACUGGAUGAAAAUAAAAAAAAAUUUAGGACUAUAAAAUAGGCAUGUGGGUUAAAAGGACCAAGUCGCAAGUAUCAGAUUAUCAGGGGCAGCUGAUUCAAGGGAGCGCUGCAGUAUUUGCUUUCUGGGUGACUUUCCUGUGAAGUUCCCUUGUAUGGAGCGGACGUUGCACACAAUUCCCUUGAAGCUGAAGCACCUUUCACUUUCAGUGUUUAGAUUGGGAGCAUAACUUAUGGUCUGUGUGUGUGGUUUGGAAGCUGCACGGUCAGGGAGAAAACAAUGCUGUCCAGGGUUGUAAAGACUGCGGAGAGAAUAAUUGGGUGCACUCUUCCCACCUUGGAUCAAAUCUACGCUUCCAGGUGUCACAAGAAAGCUGCAGAGAUAGCGCAGGAUAGUGCGCACCCCAGAAAUGAUCUCUUUCAGCUUCUGCCUUCUGGAAGAAGGGACAGGGUUAUAAAGACUAGGACUAGCCGCCUGAGAAACAGUUUCUAUCCAAAAGCGACUUUGGUUUUAAACACAGGGUAAGGUAGUCUCUGUGGGAGUAUAUUGUAUUUAAUUAUGGGGUAUCAGAGUUUUUAGGGGGCUAACCAGGCUGGGAUAGCUGAGAUAGCAGGCUUGUCGGUUUUUGAAUGUCCGAUGUAGAUUUUUUCAAUUUCGUUGUUCUGUAUGGGACAAUGACAAUAAAGAUAUCGUAUUGUAUGGUGACUGAAAGUAUCCCCCAUUCAUGCUGAUUGGGCAGCCCUAGGAUGCUGGAGAUAGGGACCCUCUGAGACCCUGCUUCAGAAACAGCAACAGGUCUCCAGCCCCCUGGGGAGGAAGAGAAUCUCUAUUUUUAUUUAUUUACUGGUUGAAUUUAUAUACCGCCCUAUACCUGGAGAUCUCAGGGCAGUUCACAAAAAAGAUCACAGUACAUAAAAUAAAAAUAAAAACAAUAACCCAGUAAUAACACCUCAAAGAGCCACAUUUUAAAAGGGUAUAGCGUGUUGAUCAGGUCUGCCACAGGCCUGGUUAAACAGAACGUUUUUGCCUGGCACCUAAAGAUGUAUAAUGAAGGCGCCAGGCGAACUUCCCUGGGGAGAGCAUUCCACAGACAGGGAGCCACUGCAGAGAAGGCCCCGUUCUCGUGUUGCCACCCUCCGGACCUCUUGAGGAGGAGGCACACGAAGGAGGGCCUCAGAAGAUGUUCUCAGGGUCCGGGUAGGUUCAUAUGGAAAGAGGCGCUCCUUGAGGUAUUGCGGUCCUGAGCCACACUGUAUGCCACCAGGUAUGCCCUGCCUUGCCUUCAGAACCGGGGCACUUGCUCCCAUCAAGCUGGCACAGAGGUUUGGAGAAGCCCAAACUCCGCAUGUCUAUUGCACUCCCUACACUCCCAGCCGCUGACCAUCUGUUGCAGAGCCGUUCCUUUAAGUUUUUCCCUUCUCUUUCUCUCUCCAGAUAACUGGGCCUUUCUCUAUGCCCAGCGACUGGCCCUGAAACAGAAGUUGCCGCUGCAUGUCUGCUUCUGCCUGGUGCCCAAGUUCCUGGAGGCUACCAUCCGCCAUUUCGGUUUCCUGAUCAGAGGCCUCAAGGAAGUGGCCGAGGUACCGCCGUUGUGUCGGGAAGGUGGCGCAUCGGUGUCAGAAGUGGUUGUGCACUGGGGAGAGGUUCUAGUGGGCAAGCCGCCUGCAGCAUGAAUUUGGGCACAGCAGCCUUGCCGUAUCAGCUUCUUCCCAAAUGCCCAUCAACUGCAGACAGCAUGCCCUGUGGGCAAGGUUGAUGGGAGUCUUUGUCCAAAUCACCUGAGGGCACUAGGCUGCGGCCAGCUGUCAUAGAUAAGUCAUUCGCAGCUGCGCGCCGGAAGCUGUAAAUAGUAACCAAACAAUUAAACCCCUGUGUUGCAAACAAUUAUCAGUAAUAUCCAAGGCAACACGAUGACCAAGUACAACAAUGCAAUAUCAUAACUUUAUGACCACUGCUCCAUAGUUAUUGUUGUUACAGUGGUACCUCGGGUUACAUACGCUUCAGGUUACAGACUCCGCUAACCCAGGAAUAGUGCUUCAGGUUAAGAACUUUGCUUCAGGAUGAGAACAGAAAUCGUGCUCUGGCGGCGCGGCAGCAGCAGGAGGCCCCAUUAGCUAAAGUGGUGCUUCAGGUUAAGAACAGUUUCAGGUUAAGAACAGACCUCCGGAACAAAUUAAGUACUUAGCCCGAGGUACCACUGUAUACAAUUCCAUUCACCAUAUUGUUGUUUAGUCAUUUAGUUGUGUCCAACUCUUCGUGACCCCGUGUCUUCCACUGCCUCCCGCAAUUUGGUUGAACUCAUGCUGGUAGCUUCGAGAACACUGUCCAACCAUCUCGUCCUCUGUCGUCCCCUUCUCCUUGUGCCCUCCAUCUUUCCCAACUUUCCAGUUGGGAAGACUUUCCAGGGAGUCUUCUCUUCUCAUGAGGUGGCCAAAGUCUUGGAGCCUCAGCUUCAGGAUCUGUCCUUCCAGUGAGCACUCAGGGCUGAUUUCCUUCAGAAUGGAGAGGUUUGAUCUUCUUGCAGUCCAUGGGACUCUCAAAAGUCUCCUCCAGCAUCAUAAUUCAAAAGCAUCAGUUCUUCGGCGAUCAGCCUUCUUUAUGGUCCAGCUCUCACUUCCAUACAUCACUACUGGGAAAACCAUAGCUUUACAUUCACCAUAUAGAUGGGUUUAUGAAGCAUUUCUGUAUCCUUCUGCUGCGCUGAAGAAGAAUUGUAUGAAACAGUGGGUACAUCACUGUUCACUACGUCUGUUUGCGGACCACUCUGGCAGCAUUGGACGUCAUAAAACAAAACUUUACGGCUUGUUUUCAGCAGAUAAGAAUCUGACCCAUUGCUUCUUUCAGAGACUUGCAUAGUCUACAAAGACUUCCAGAGACUUAUAAGACUUACGUUUAUUUGGUUCUAUGUUUUCAGGAGAAUCCAUCAAGAGUGCACAUUUUGUGACUUUCAGAGAUUUAUAAGAUUUCUGUUUAUUUGGUUUUUCAUAUUGUUCAAUGUUCCGUAUAGAUUAUAUGAAGAGUUUAUAUUGAUAUUGCAUUGUUGUACUUGGUCAUCGUGUUGCCUUGGAUAUUACUGGAAGCUGUAAAUAGCCUGCGAGCCCAAAGCAGCUGUAGGCAGAGGAGUCUCCCACAGCAGCUCUGCCUGAUUAACUGCUCUGGCCUUUUCUCUUGGGUCUCUGCGUCAAGUGUGGCUGGAUCGUUCACUUACCCGGCAGAGCAACCCAUUCUCCAAAGAAAAUUGAUUUUGGGGUCAAUGAAAGAGGCUUUCCUCUUUCCGGUCCAGGGGAGUGCUCAGAACAGAGACUUGUGCAGAAGCUCAAGGGUGGGACUCCUCUUGCAGCAGAAAUAUUUCUGUGCUCUUAUUCUUUUGCACGCUAAGUCAGCCUUUCGGUGGGUGUUGGUGAAGUGUGCCAACUUCGCUUUUUUGAUGGGGCAGGGGGGAUGACUUACCCGUAUUUUUCGCUCUAUAACACGCACCCGACCAUAACACGCACAUCGUUUUUAGAAGAGGAAAAUCCGUAGGCAUGCCACCCGUAGGCAUUUCCUCCAUAACACGCACAGACAUUUCCCCUUACUUUCUAGGAGCAAAAAAGUGAGUGUUAUGGUGCAAAAAAUACGGUACACUUUCUGUCUGGGAAACCUAGGAGAGCUUUGGAAAAGCUGGGAUUUUAUUCGGGGGACGUGGGUAGCGCUCGGGGGACGUGGGUUAAACCACAGAGCCUAGGACUUGCCGAUCAGAAGGUCGGCGGUUCGAAUCCCUGUGACGGGGUGAGCUCCCGUUCCUCAGUCCCUGCUCCUGCCAACCUAGCAGUUCGAAAGCAAGUCAAAGUGCAAGUAGAUAAAUAGGUACCACUCUGGCGGGAAGGUAAACGGCAUUUCCGUGCGCUGCUCUGGUUCGCCAAAAGCAGAUUAGUCAUGCUGGCCACAUGACCUGGAAGCUGUACGCCAGCUCCCUUGACCAAUAAAGCAAAAUGAGCGCUGCAACCUCAGAGUCGGCCACGACUGGACCUAAUGGUCAGGGGUCCCUUUUCCUUUACCUUUACUUGCGUUGCCGGGCCGGUGCAUGACUGCGGCAGUGCGACAGACUUAAAAGAAACAGUUGGUCCCUGAAUAGUUGCACUCGUAGCCAAGAUAGUCAUGACACAGGCUUGUAUUUAUGCGUGCAACUAAAAAUCUGUACCUGUGAGAGCUUUGUUCCUUUUUGAUGGACACCAUAGCUCAGUGGAAGAGCAUGUGCUUGGGAUGCAGAAGGUCCCAGAUUCAAACCCUGGUGUCUCCAGGUAGGGUUGGGAAUGACCCCUGUUUGAAAACCUGGAGAGUCACUGCCAGUCAGUGUUGACAAUAAUCGAUGAGAGAGACCACUGGUCUAGUAUAAGGCAGCUUAUAAUGUAACCGGCUUCCUAUUCAAAUUCACCCUUCGUUCAAAACAAUGAGGACUGGAAACUUGUAUCUUUUAGAUACUCAGUGGGGGAGCACAUGCGUUGCAUGCAGAAGGUUCCAGGUUCAGCCCCUGGCCUCUCCAGGUAGGCCCGGGAGGUGUCCCCUGCCUGAAACCUUGGAGAGCUGCUGCCAGCCAGUGUGGUAAAUACUGAGUUAGACUAACUGGUAGUCUAUGAGUCGAUAUCAUGAGCUUCCUGUGUGACCAAAUAUUCUCUGCUUCCUUUUCCCGUCUCCCAGGAGUGCAAGGAGCUAAGCAUCCCGUUUCACCUGCUCAUCGGCUUCGCAAAGGACGUGCUGCCCCCCUUUGUGACGACCCACGGCAUUGGCGGGGUGGUGACGGACUUCGCCCCCCUCCGCGUCCCCAUGCAGUGGGUGCAAGAUGUCCAGGCGAGGCUGCCACCUGAUGUGCCCUUUGUCCAGGUAGGGAGGCCUGGAGUCUGGCCGCUGGGGUGUGAUCUGGGCAGAGCUGCGGGGCACUGGGGGGUGUCUCCAUGGUGACACAGAUGUUGUGAUUCCAAGGAGCAUUUCACCACCUUGCCUGGAUUCCUGAGUUCAUAACUUCCAUCACGUUCACUGAAUCUGACAAAGGAAGCUUAAUGCAGUCAUACCUUGGGUUACAGACGCUUCAGGUUGCAUUUUUUCGGGUUAUCGACUGUCAAAACGCAGGAGUAUCAGAACGGGUUACUUCUGGGUUUCAGCGGUUGCGCAUGCGCAGAAGCACUACAUCACUCUUUGCACAUGCGCAGAAACGCCGAAUCGCGACCCAUGCGUACGCAGAUGCGCCACUGCAGUUUGCGAACGCUGCGGGUUGCAAAUGUGCAUCCCGCAUGGAUUACAUUCGCAACCUGAGCAUCCACUGUAAUAAUAAUACCUUUAUUGUCAAUGUACAACCUGUGUACAAUGAAAUUAACCGAGCCUGCCUCCCAGCCCACCCAAACAUUCAAUUUCAUUGCACUCUGUGCUUAUCGCACAGCACACCACCUCACAAGUCAGUUGCGCUAUGUUAUUUUCCGUUCAACAGCCUAACAGCCCACGGAUAGAAGCUAUUUUUUAGCCUGUUGGUACGGCUGAUUAUACUUCUGUAUCUCCUGCCCGAGGGUAGAAGAUUAAAAAGGUGAUGGCCGGGGUGUGAGUCAUCCCUGAGAAUUUUUCUUGCUCUCCUAAGGCAACGAUCCCUUGCGAUGUCAUCUAGCGGACUCAAGGGACAGCCCAUGAUAUCAUGUGCUGUAUUCACCACCCUCUGUAGAGACUUUCUGUCCGUGGCUGUCAGGUCAGCAUGCCACACUGUGAUACAAUAUGAAAGGACACUUUCUACUGUGGACCGGUAAAAGGAGUUCAUCAGUUGUUGUUUAACAUUAUUCUUUUGUAAGACCCUGAGGAAAUAGUGUCUUUGUUGGGACUUUCUGAUCACCUGAGUUUUGUUGAUUUUCCAAGUGAGGUCCUCACUAAGGUAAACUCCCAGGAAUUUAAAGGAGGAGACUCUCCACACAGCCCCCCCCCCCGAUAUAUAACAGGGCAGGUUCCCCUCUCUUCCUCUGGAAGUCCAACACCAUCUCCUUUGUCUUACUAAUAUUUAGGUGCAAGUUAUUCUCUAAGCACUAUGUAGAUACUUUUUGAACCUCCCCCCUGUACACUGUUUCAUCUCCGCCUGCAAUUAGACCCAUUAUGGUAGUAUCAUCUGCAAACUUAAUAAUUACUGUGGAUGGAUCAGAUGAUAUACAGUCAUAUGUGUACAAUGAGUACAGGUAGGGACUCAGCACACAUCCCUGUGGGGUGCCGGUGCUGAGCUUCAGGAAGGUAGAUGUAACAGUCCCAAUCCUCACUGUUUGUGUCUGAUCCCUCAAAAAGUCUUUAAUCCAGUCACAGAUGGUAGAAGAAGCAGCAGCUUCAUCCCAGAAAAGCUGAUGCCACAAUUAAUUGGUGGCUGUUAAGAGAAGUUAUGGACCAACAGCAUCUAGAGGGCACCAGAUGGGCAAGGGCUGCUGUAGAAGUUCCUAGGAUCCUUCUUUCCCCUCUCUCUACACGUUAACACAAAGGUCCUGCUAUUCAAAUACAAUGCAUUCUCAGGAAAUCAUGUGUUAGGCAAAUGUUUGCAUAACGAGUCAAUGCUUUCCAUUGAUUCCUAUGGGGAAAUUUCUAAUGCGUUCCCAACCACGGAAUUUUACCCCCAAAUGACGAGAAAACCCAGGAAAACCCUCUGAAACCUUGCAAAAGGCAAAUAAAGAAGGAAAACGCUAUCUUAUUUGUCAGAUCUCUCCAGCUCCCUCCCUCCCAUCAUGGUUUUUGGCAAAAUGGCUGCCAUGCAGCAGGAAAACACAAAAAGUAAGGUUUGUUCAAGGCUGCUGAUUCGUUUACAGCACUACAUGCAGGUCUGGCUGUUUGGAUAUCUGAAUCUGCGGUGUACAUAGCAAUUCUAGGAGGCUUGGGUAUUAAUUCCUUGGGUUUGGAUAAGUGAAUUUUUGUAUAGCGAGUGUUAGGAUAGUGGGAGCUGUGUGCAAUUGCCGUUUCUCUUGCUUUGCUUCUCCAGGUCGAUGCUCACAACAUUGUGCCCUGCUGGGUGGCCUCCGACAAGCAGGAGUACGGGGCCAGAACUAUCCGACGGAAAAUCCAUGACCGGCUGGCUGAGUUUCUCACCGAAUUCCCACCUGUCGUCAGGCACCCUUAUCCCACGGAGUUCCAGGCAGAGGUAGCAGUCGAUAUUGGGAGCAGGGAUCUGGGCUGGUUUUUGUGGGGUUUUUUUUGACAUUUGUAAUUAUUGGCAAACUGCUGCAGACAUUCCAGCAGGUCUCCCUUAGCCCUUCACUGCAGCUGGGACAGAAAAGCUGUGGAAAGUCUGUAGCUCAGCAGUAGAGCAUCUGUUUUGCAUGCAGAGGGUGCCAGGUUCAAAUCCAGACAUCUCCAGGAAGCACUGAGAGAGACACCCUGUCUGAAAUCCUGGAGAGCUGCUGGUAGUCAGUGUGGACAGUAGUGAGCUAUAUGGACCAAUGGUCUGACUCGGGGUAAGGGAGCAUCCUAUGGUGUAAGGGAGCCAGUGUGGUGUAGUGGUUCAGAGCGGGGGACUCGUAAUCUGGUGAACCGGGUUCGCUUCCCUGCUCCUCCACAUGCAGCUGCUGGGUGACCUUGGGCUAGUCACACUUCUCUGAAAUCUCUCAGCCCCACUCACCUCACAGAGUGUUUGUUGUGGGGGAGGAAGGGAAAGGAGAUUGUGAGCCGCUUUGAGACUCCUUAAGGGGAGUGAAAGGUGGGAUAUCUAGUCCAAACUCCUCCUCCUCCUCCUCCUCUUCUUCUUCUUCUUCUUCUUCUUCUUCUAUGCUCCUUUGACAUUUACAGAAGGCCACAGGUAUGCAAUACUCACCCCACAAAUGCGCAUUUAUUUUUUACCAUCUGUAUUUUAAUAGAUUUGCUUUUAUCUUGUUUUAACCCUGUUGAGGUUUAAUUGCGUACUAACUAUUGCCUUGUAUAUAUGUUUAGCUUUCUUGCAUUUUUGUAAGCUGCCUGGAGUCCUGGGAAAAAAGACGUGCCAGAACUCAUCAAUGGACUUCUCCCUUGUUCUCUUAGAAUAGCAAAAAAAGCCCUGAAUAAUAGUAUGUAUUAUUUUUAUUCCAUAAAAUUUACGCGCUGCUUGAUUGUUAAAAAUCAAUCAAUCAAUCCUCAAAGCAGUUUACAAAAGAACAGUAAAAUUAUAGGGAACAACAGUUAAAAACUAUUUAAAACAUUCAAAGGAUUAAAAUCAGCAGUAAACUCUAUGUGUCUGGGUAAGCCUGUCUGGUCAUUCUUAUUAUUUUAUUCUUUGUAGACUGCUUCAAGGUCUAUGAAAUUAAAGCGGUGCAUGAAUUUAAGAAAUGAAAUAAAAAUAAGAUAAAUGAAAAGCCGAAUGAUGCCCACGCUCCCGUGAGCUCUGGGUUAUUAAGGAUUGCUGGAACAUCCUUGGCCUGGAGAACGUCCUUGCUGCUGGCUUUUACCCCUGUUCCUCUUCUGACUCCGCAGCCUGUUGACUGGGACGCCUGCUAUGCCAGCCUGCAGGUUGACCGCUCCGUGAAGGAGGUGACCUGGGCGCAGCCAGGGACGGCUGCCGGCCUGGCGGUGCUGGAAGAGUUCAUCAAGGACCGCCUGAAGUUCUUUGGCACAGACAGGAACAAUCCCAACCGGGCGGCUCUGAGCAACCUCUCGCCCUGGUUCCACUUUGGUGAGUGGGGAGCUGGUCCUCUGCAAGGCCUGGGUAAACCCUUGGGGGGUACAGGGGUGGCCAAACCCUGGGUGGGUUGCAGAUCAGCUGACCGCUCUGCCCAAAAAGUUUAGGGUUGGUAGUAGCCUUUAGAAGAAGCAGUGGCAUCUGAAAGAGAUCUCCGUUGGUAUUAGAAAUUGUGCUGUGACGGGAGGAACAGAGGAGGACUCCAAAACUAUUUAGGGUUGUGGCCUUCUAGAUGUUUUGAUUACUGCAGUGCGCUCCAUGUGGGGCUACCCUUGGGGUAUGAUACGGAGGCUGCUAGGUUGGCUGUGGGACAAACCAGCGCCAGCAUAUAACACCUUGCUUGCUAGAUCUGCUCUGGCUACCAGUUUGCUACAGGGCAAAUUCAAGGUUUUAGUACCAACAUUGUGGCCCUGAUCUACAGCCCCAGAGGAGGGAGUAUUAUGGGAGUAUUUGGGGCAGGGGUACCAAAGAAGGAUGUCAAAGAUGCCAGAGUGAUCCAUUAGAGCAUGGGUAGGCAAACUAAGGCCCGGCGGCCUGAUCCGGCCCUAUCGCCUUCUAACUCUGGCCCGCGGACGUUCCAGGAAUCAGCGUGUUUGUCCAUGAGUAGAAUGUGUCCUUUUAUUUAAAAUGCAUCUCUGGAUUAUUUGUGGGGCAUAGGAAUUCGUUCAUUCCCCCCCCCCCUCCAAAAUAUAGUCCGGCCCCCUCACAAGGUCUGUGGGACAGUGGACCGGCCCCCUGCUGAAAAAGUUUGCUCACCCCUGCGUUAGAGUAAGCCAGCCUGCCCGUUCUCCCAGCCUUUGCAGACACGGGGUGGACACUGAAGCAAGGAGAUGGUUUGUCCGUACCCAAGGAAACCUUCGUCCAUUCUUUAUACACCUAGCAGCAUAAUUCCCUUUGGCCAGGCCUUCCCAUCACUUCAUCUGCCCACAUGAGGGCAUAGGUGGCAGGUACCCAAAUCUUAGAGAUAAUUCUCCUUUCUAGGCUCAGCCCAGGACCCCAAACUCCACAGAUAAGGAGAACUUUAAAAGCAAGCCAAUUAGCUUAUAUCAAUGCACAUGAAUAUAAGCAUAUAUGAGCUCGUUGUUACAACUGUCAAUUAAUAGUGGCGUUACAUUGACUACGAAGAUGGCAAUUGUACAGCUCAAGACCAGGUUACUUGAGAGAGACCCCUUAGGCACCUAGUAGAUAAUAAAUAUAAUAAUAAUAAUAAUAAAUUUAUUUAUACCCCACCCAUCCGGCUGGGUUUCUCCAGCCACUCUGGGUGGCUCCCAACAGAAUAUUAAAAACACUAUAAAACAUCAAGCAUUAAAAACUUCCCUAAGGGCUGCCUUCAGAUGUCUUCUAAAAGUCAGAUAGUUGUUUAUUUCCUUGACAUCUGAUAGGAGGGCAUUUCACAGGGCAGCACCACUACCGAGAAGGCCCUCUGCCUGGUUCCCUGAAACCUCACUUCUCGCAGGGAGGGAACCCCCAGAAGAUUGCUGUGGCCUGCAGGAGAGUCUCUCUUGCAAGUUCCAAAGAUCUCAGAAGCCCACUGAACAGUAACUGCCCUCCCACAGGUCAGAUCUCUGUACAGAGAGCAAUCCUGGAGGUUCGCAAGCUCCGUAGCCGGUACAAGGAAUCUGCGGAAGCCUUCAUUGAAGAGGCCGUGGUGCGGAGGGAGCUGGCGGACAAUUUCUGCUACUACAACCCAAAUUAUGACAAGGUGGAAGGUAAAUGGGCUCACCUGUUUUGCCUUUCUCUGCUCCGCAAGGACACCUCUUCUGCGACAUUUUAUAUCAUGUGACUAUUAUAUCAUGUGAUAUAAUAAUGCAGGGACGCAGGUGGCACUGUGGUCUAAACCACUGAGUCUCUUGGGCUUGCCGAUCAGAAGGUUGGCGGUUUGAAUCCCCGCAACGAGGUGAGCUCCUGUUGCUCUGUCCCAGCUUCUGCCAACUUGCCAGUUUGAAAGCACAUCAGUGCAAGUAGAUAAAUAGGUACCACUGCAGUGGGAAGGUAAAUGACGUGUCCAUGUGCUCUGGCUUCCAUCAUGGUGUCCCAUUGCACCAGAAACGGUUUAGUCCUGCUAGCCACAUGAACCGGAAAGCUGUCUGUGGACAAACGCCGGCUCCCUUGGCCUGAAAGCAAGAUGAGAGCUGCAACCCCAUAGUCGCCUUUGACUGGACUUAACUGUCCAGGGGUCCUUUACUUUUUUACCUUUAUGAUAAUGCUGCAUUUUAAUAGGCCUCAAUUACUGGGCUGCAUCAAUAGGAGUAUAGCAUCUAGAUCAAGGGAAGUAAUAGUGCCACUGUAUUCUGCUCUGGUCAGACCUCACCUGGAGUACUGUGUCCAGUUCUGGGCACCACAGUUCAAGAAGGACACUGACAAACUGGAACGUGUCCAGAGGAGGGCAACCAAAAUGGUCAAAGGCCUGGAAACGAUGCCUUAUGAGGAACGGCUAAGGGAGCUGGGCAUGUUUAGCCUGGAGAAGAGGAGGUUAAGGGGUGAUAUGAUAGCCAUGUUCAAAUAUAUAAAAGGAUGUCACAUAGAGGAGGGAGAAAGGUUGUUUUCUGCUGCUCCAGAGAAGCGGACACGGAGCAAUGGAUCCAAACUACAAGAAAGAAGAGUCCACCUAAACAUUAGGAAGAACUUCCUGACGGUAAGAGCUGUUCGACAGUGGAAUUUGCUGCCAAGGAGUGUGGUGGAGUCUCCUUCUUUGGAGGUCUUUAAGCAGAGGCUUGACAACCAUAUGUCAGGAGUGCUCUGAUGGUGUUUCCUGCUUGGCAGGGGGUUGGACUCGAUGGCCCUUGUGGUCUCUUCCAACUCUAGGAUUCUAUGAUUCUAUACUUUUUAACCAUAAACUUUUAUGCCUUAUACCAUUCAAAGGGGCUUAUGACUGGGCCAAAACUACGCUGAAGCUGCACGCCAAAGACAAGCGAUCUCACCUGUACAAACUGGAACAGCUGGAGGCAGGAAAGACGCACGACCCUCUCUGGAACGCUGCACAGGUAAACCUAAGCUCCAAAGGUGUGUGAGGACCUGUCUUUGGAUGGGCAUGUGCUGGCUUCUGAGCACAUGUCUGUCAUGUGCUUGGAAAUCUGCUUCUCCCUCUCCAAUAAUGCUAAAACUCUUUGCAGCAGCAGAUCGAUCGGAAUGGAAAAGUUACAUGCUACCUUGUUAAGUGGUACAAAUCUCUGCUACUGGAUGUUGUGAUGGCCGCUGGAUUAGAUGGCUUUAAAGGGGGAUUAGGGAUGGAAAUUCCCAGGUGUCAAAAAGGUUAUUUAUGUGUGCCGUUACUGUGGCCCAUGUUUCGUUAGCCCCAAAAUGGAAAACGAGCAAGGUCCCAACUAACGAAGAAUGGCAACUAAAGUUGGCAGAAUAUGCGCAGCUUGCAGAUUUUACACACAGAAUAAGAGAACAAGAAGAACAUACGUUUAAAGAAGAUUGGAAAACGUUUAUUGAAUAUAUGGGAAAUAAUUGUGUAGACUUGAAAACGUUGGCAGCAUUAAAAUAAAUUCAGCAGUGUAAAUAAGUUUUGAUGGAUGUAAUAAUGGAAUACUGAAUGGCUUAGUUUUUGUAAAAUAAGCAGGGUUUUAUGAUAUGGAAAAUGAACCAUGGAAAGAGAAGAAGGGAAGUCGUUGGUAUUUUGAGGAUGUUUAAAUGAGUAUUUUAAAUUCUGAAACAGAAAAUUAAAUAAAAAAUUAUAUACACAAAAGUAAAAAUGUUUAGCCAUACUAACUAAAUGGGGAACCUCCACGGUCAGUGGCAGGCUACCUUCUGAAGGGCCGUUUCUGAAUGUGUACAGUUGCUUUUAUUUCCUGCUUGUGGGGUUAAGAGCAGAGGGCCCCACUUCAUCCCUGUGACCGUCAUUAGUUUUAACUAUUUUCAUUCUGAAUUUAAAACUGUUGUAACCCACUCGGGGAACUGCUUUUGAAGGGCGUGUGAACAAUAGCGAUGGAGCAGGAAGAGGUGAUGGAGAACUUCCUUCUCCCCGCGGCCAACCAGCUGCCCCUAUGGGACACCCAUAAAGUCCCCCCUUUACUUGCCUUUUAUCUAAACCAGUGCGCCCCAGUUUUGGGGGCCACCACCCCUUUGGUUCCAUAAGCACAUCCCCAGCCACUCUGGGUGGCUUCCAAGAACACACCAAAACAUCAGUAGCUUCCUGAUACAGGAAGUCCUAUGAUGGUUUAGCUCUUUGACAUCUGAUGGGAUGGCAUUCCGCAGGGCGGGUGGCACUUCCCAAGAAGGCCUCAUCCGUAGCUCAUCCACCUUUCCAUCCCUCUGCUUCAGCUCCAGAUGGUUCAUGAAGGGAAGAUGCACGGCUUCCUGAGGAUGUAUUGGGCCAAGAAAAUAUUGGAGUGGACCACUUCGCCAGAAGAGGCCCUGAAAUUCUCCAUCUACCUUAAUGACCGCUAUGAACUGGAUGGCCGGGACCCCAAUGGAUAUGUAGGUCAGUCAUGGGAAGAGGCUGGGUGGUUGUAUCAUAGAGUCAUAGGGUUGCAAUGGGCCACAAGAGCCAAUCUAGUCCAACCCCCUGCAGAGCAGGAAUCACCAGACCUGUGUCUGUAUCUGCAGAGAAAGGUGGGAGGAAGAAUGCAAAAGCAGAGAUCCGUUUGUUCUUUUUUUCCUCCCAUCAGGCUGCAUGUGGUCUAUCUGUGGGAUCCACGACCAAGGCUGGCCAGAGCGGGCAGUGUUUGGCAAGAUCCGCUACAUGAACUAUGCUGGCUGCAAGAGGAAGUUUGACGUGGACCAGUUUGAGCGCAAGUACAGCCCUCAAAAGUUCUGCAAGUAAUCUUCAAGUGGCUAAAGGGCAAGGCUUGACGUCGCCUUUUUCACAGCGGCUGAGGCCAACUUAACAUUACACACGUUUUACGUAGUGCAAAAAGGCAGGUUUUGCCCACCCUUUUAAGAUGUGGAACAAGAAGCAACUGUAGGUCAAGCUGCGUUCCUGAAGCCUCGCUCUCUACCUGCUAUGCAAUCCCAAAGCCGCGUGCCACACAGCAGACAGGUUUUUACAAUGCUUCUGCGUGGCAGAAUGGUGGGCAGUGGCAGGAGGAGAUGGCAGCCCAGCAAAGCCACAGAGCCUGGAACCUACAAACGAGGAGGCGUUUCACGUUUGACGAAAACAGAGACCGCAAAAGCAGCAUGCUUAUUAGUGUAGUUUAUUAUGGACGGCAUUUCUGUGGUUAACAGCAGGUGGAUAUCUGGUUUCAACUCCACCGUUAACUCUUUAUAAAGAACUUUCACAUACCAUUUACAAUAUGGACAGCAGUCAUUCUGCAAAACCGUGGGCAUACCAGAAAUCGAUCACAGCUUCAUCAGGCUUGGCCAUUUGGCUUCCUAACCAUUCCGCUGUGCAUUACAUUCUCCCUUUGUGUGCUUUCCAGGCAUUGCAGAAAGGAGACUGCACAAUUAUCACGUAAAAGGGAAAAAAAACUCCACAACCUACCACCCCCCUUUUGGAACUUAGAUCAGUGCAUCUAGAACAGCUUUUGCCAACCUGGUGCCUUCAAGAUGUUUGAGCUUUUCUUUCCUCAUCAGCCCCCAGGCAGCAGAACUGUACCGCCUGUGGCUGAUGGCAAUUGUAGCCCCAUAGCUAGAUGGAGAGCACCAGGCUGGCAGAAGUCUGUCCUGGAAAAUAGCUUUCUUAAAGAGGGCCUUACUGACAAACACAAGAAAUGUCAUCAACAGAAGUGCUGACAAUUAUAUAUAUAUAUAUAUAUAUAUAUAUAAACCCCACCAAAUUUCUUCUUAACUGUAAAGGAUUGCAGUGUGGAUUUACAAUCUUUUGAGACUGUUUGUGACACAAGGUUGAGGGCUCGCUCACCUUCGUUUGACGAUGGUCACAUUUAAAACAAGAAAAAGAUACUUAAGCCAGGCUGCCACCGUUUGAGAGAGAAAAAAAUCACCAGGAUUCCAUAUGACUUUUCUGUUCACGGCACAUUUGGGGGCAAAUAACCGGGGGGGGGGGGUGAUAUUCAAUAGAGAAGACAAAUGCCCAGGAGCUGGGUGGGCACUGAUCUGGAUUGGACGUGUAUUUCAGACUGGAGCCCUAAAAACGGGCAAGUUAAGCAUGCUUCUUUAAGCACAUGAUUAGCAGCAAGUGUAGUUGGGCCCUGGAAUAAGUAAAAACAAUUUUUGAAAGGCAGGGGGGAUAGCAAGGGGGAGCUCCAAUCCAUAAAACAGAGCCAUGUAAUGUUUUUUUGCAGUCAAGGGAACUGAUGUGUGUAAUCAAGAUAAAAGAUGUUGUUCUUCAACAGUUAUCUAUGAGAGAGGCUCUUAAUUGAAGCAAGUGAGGGCUUCAGAAUGCAUGAAAUACUCCAUGCUGCUGCAAACCUGUCGCUAUUGUGUUUUUAAAACCUUAGAUCAGGAAUUAUUUGGGAAGCACUUUCUGUAGAGUUCUGAUCUCAAGUAGAGAAUAGUAACAGGCUACUGUAGGAAUUGUGAAGGCACAGGAAAUGGGAGGAGUGGUCCCACAGUUCUCUUUGAAACACAGCAAAUCCUGUCUUUGGGGGUGGGGUGGGGUGAGGUGGAUGGAUUGCCCCACUGCCAUCAAACACCAAGAACCCUCUCACGAUAAUACCCAACCACAAACACCCAAGGCGUUCAGUUAACAGGGUGCUUGUGGACUGCCCCCAUCUCCAUCUUGCAAGCAUCCACCCUGCUGAGUUAACCUGUGUUCCCGGCUCCUGGCUCCUUCACUUCAGCUGGUUCAAUUGCCCAUAUUCCAGACUGCUAGUUCACCAGACCACCAACUGUUUCUGAACAUACCCCAAGUCAAUUAUUUCAACAUUUCCUUUAUAAAUUCUGGAUGUGGGCAUACUCUGAGCAAACUACACGUGGAGCUAAAAAAAUUACACAGAGAUAUUUCAGCCUUACCAAAAGCAGCAGCAAAAGGCUGAGGCUCUAAGCCAGAGGGCAUAAAAAGGGUGCCACUGAAUUAAGCAAGUGGAAGCCACAGAGCAACACCUUCCAAGGCCGUGUCUGAGCAGAAGUGGGCAAGUUCCUGACACUGCUAACACUCAAAUCUUGUUCUUAGAAAAAGCAAAUAGAAGGAAGUCUACCUUUAUAUAGCAUUCUUUAAGUAAAUCUUCACAGCAUCACCGUGUCAUUUUGCACGCAUGUCAACUGUAUGUCCUGUUUAUCUCAGUCAGGGUUUUUCUAGUGUAUUAUGUAUAGUUAAAAAAAUACAGUAGCUAAAAUGACACUGCUAUCCAUCUUUAGAAAAUGGGUCUUGCAGUCUAGGCCAGCACAAAAGGACAUAUGCUGCCUCCUGCAGGAGAUUCUGC